UCGCAGAGCAACGUGUACGGCCUGGCGGGCGGCGCGGGCGGGCGCGGGGAGCUGCUGGCCGCCACCCUUAAAGGCAAGGUGCUGGGCUUCCGCUACCAGGACCUCCGACAGAAAAUCCGGCCGGUGGCCAAGGAGCUGCAGUUCAAUUACAUACCCGUGGAUGCCGAGAUUGUCUCCAUCGACACUUUCAACAAGUCGCCCCCAAAGCGGGGCCUGGUUGUGGGGAUCACGUUCAUCAAGGAUUCAGGGGACAAAGGCAGCCCCUUCCUUAACAUUUACUGUGACUAUGAGCCUGGCUCUGAGUACAACCUCGACUCCAUUGCCCAGAGCUGCCUGAACCUGGAACUCCGGUUCACUCCUUUCCAGCUGUGCCAUGCCGAGGUCCAGGUCGGGGAUCGGCUGGAGACCGUGUUUCUCCUGAGCGGGAAUGACCCGGCCAUUCAUCUCUACAAGGAGACACCUGUCCCACCCGCACACUGGUUUGCUCUCUGGCCCCCGCCAUGGCUGGGCUCCGGGCCUUUGGGGUGGUCUGACCUGCACCCCUCAGCUCUCUCAGCCCCGCCCUCUCUCUCGCUCCCCCAGCACAGUCUCAUUCAGGCCUCGGAGCUGGUCCUGACGCGGCUUCGGCACCAAGUGGAGCAGAGGAGACGUCAGUCACAAGUGCUGGGGGACAGGGUGGGCCCAGGGCCUGCUGGGACAUCGGCCUCCUGAACACACCCCCCGCCCCCAUUGGGGUGCUCACCUCCAGCCCCUCCUGGGGGGAAGAGUCCUGAAGGAGGGCAUGCCUGGCCAGCCCCCAGGGCCCCCUGCGACCUCACCUAGCUCACUCCUCUGUGCCUCAGUGUUCCCAUUGAAAAUGGGGUGAUCUCACCCAGCCCCCCUUUCGCUGCAGGUGAGGCCUGGCCAGCCACCGAUUGCGUUUAUGUCCCGAGGAGCUGGACUUCCCGUUGUCUUUAUUCUUUUGUUCAGCAAGUGAGUCCUGAGAGCCUGGCGCCCGGUGCUGGGCUGGACUCAGCCAGAAGAACGGAGGGAGGUGGACAUGGGAGAGAGGAUCCAGGGAUAGACCAGAGGCAGGACUGAGAAGAGGCCGCAGUGUAGACCUCGGAGGAAAGAAAUGAGGCUGGGCCCUCGCCGAAAGGCUGGGGUUAAACCGCUGUGGAAAAGACCAGACUACAGGGCAGCGGUUUCCAGCCGGUGCCGCGAGAAGUGUUAAAGCAUGCAAUACCUGACUGUUUAGUCAGGGGCACGGACCUCUUCCCCUUAGAUUGUCAAGUAAAAAAAAUGACAGCAGCCGCAUGGCCAGUGUGGCUCAGUGGUUGAGCACCAGCCUGUGAACUAAGAGGUCGCCAGUUGGAUUCUCAGGGCACAUGCCUGAGUGUGGCUCGAUCCCCAGGAGCGGGCGUGCAGGAGGCAGCUGAUCCAU